AUGAUGAGGUCGAUUCUUGCAAACACAGUGCAUGCGGAGGAGCUUGUUAUCAUCAACAAGGGUCCAAUAAAGGGACAUCGAGUGUUGAACCGGAAUAGGGCACGGGGGCAUCUGAUGUUGGUCGACAACUACAUUGCCCUCGAUGCACCCUCUGAGCCCUAUUUUCGUGGUCAUUUUCGGAUGCGGUGGCAAGUGUUUGAUCGCCUUUACCAUGGUGUCCGGGCCUAUGAUGAUUACUUCACCCUAAAGAAGGAUGCCAUUAGAACCAUUGGGUUCUCUGGUUACCAGAAGUACAUCUCUGCAAUGAGGAUGUUUGCCUAUAGUACGACCGCAGAUUCACAGGACGAGCACCUCCGGAUGUCUGAAAACACAUGCCUUGAAGUCAUUGUCAAAUUUGCUACUGCAGAGGUGAAGGUGUUUGGACUGGAGUACUUGAGAGAACUAACUCCUGCAGACCUGGAGUGCACGCAAUGGAAAUGGGAGAAGUUUCCAUAUGCAUAA